AUGCCUUCUCUCAGCGAGAUUGUCAACAACCACAAGCCGGACCUCAACGCCUACAAGGAACUGUAUAAAUGGUUCCACACGCACCCGGAGCUCUCCUUCUGCGAGGCAGAAACCGCUGCAGCCAUCGCCAAGCAUCUUGAGACCUUGAACGCUUUUGAGAUCCACCGCCACAUUGGCGGACACGGGCUCGCAGCCGUGUUGAAGAACGGCGCAGGCAAGACGCUGCUCCUGCGUGCUGACAUCGACGCGCUGCCCGUGCAAGAGCAGACGGGGCUUGGGUACGCGAGCACGAAGCGCAUGAAGGACGUCGAGGGCGUGGAGAAGCCGGUUAUGCAUGCGUGCGGUCACGACAUGCACAUCACGGCGCUGCUGGCUGCUGCGGAGACGCUGGUGCGAGCCAGAGAUGCGUGGAGCGGUACGCUGAUUCUCGUGUUCCAGCCUGCGGAGGAGAAGGGCAAGGGCGCGCAGGCCAUGGUCGACGAUGGCCUGUACAGCAAGGUCCCCAUCCCGGACGUGGUGGUAGGCGCGCACGUCAUGCCUGAGAAAGCAGGCGUUAUUGGGACAAAGCAGGGACUCAUAGCCAGCUCGGCCGACUCGUAUCUCCUCAAGAUCAAAGGCCGCCAAACCCACGCCUCGACCCCUCACCGCGGCAACGACCCCAUCGUGCAAGCCGCAGCCACCAUCCUCCGUCUGCAGACCAUCGUGGCGCGAGAAGUCGACCCGCUAGACUUCGCCGUCGUGACCGUCGCCGCGAUGCACGCCGGCGACGCGGAGAACAUCAUCCCAGACACAGCCGAGCUCAAACUCGACAUCCGCGCCGCAAACCCGACGACACGCGCCCGCGUCCUCGCGAGCGUGCGCAGCAUCGUCGACGCAGAGGCCCUGGCGUCCAGCAACCCGCUCGUGCCGGAGAUGACGCAGAUUCGCAAUUUCCCCUUGCUGUUCAACGACGCGACGGUCACGUCGACGCUGGAGUCGGCGUUCGCGGCGCACUUUGAAAACAGCGAGUACGCGGCGUACACGCCUGACAUUGCGCGGCUGCAGGGCAGCGAGGAUUUCGGCGUCCUGGCUACGGCUGUGGGGCGGCCGAGUUGUUUUUUCCUGUACGGCGGCACGGAUCCGGAGCUGUAUGAGCGGUUGGAGAAGGGGGAGAAGAUGGGCGAGCUGCCCGGGAACCACAGUCCGUUUUUCGCGCCCGUCGUGCAGCCUACGCUGGCCGUUGGGGUCGAGGGAUAUGCAGUGUCUGCGCUGGCGUUUCUGGGCAAGGCGUGA